GGAGCGGGGCUGAGAGGGGAGCGAGCGGAGAGGAGGCGGGAGCGGAGCAGGACGCGCUGCCCGAGGCCAGGGCUGCCGGAGCCCGGGGCUGCCGUGCCGGGCCAUGGCGGGGCUGCUGCUCCUGCUGGGGCUGGGGCUGUGUCUGAGCGCGCUGUGCCCCGGCACGGCCGCCGCCUGCAGCCCGCGAUGCCGGCACGGCGGGCUCUGCCUCGCCGACGGCUCCUGCCUCUGCUCCAAGGGCUACGAGGGCGAGCGCUGCCAGCACGCUACAUGUUAUCCAAAAUGCAAAAAUGGGGGAGAGUGCCUCCGACCUGGAAAAUGCAGAUGUCCACCUGGGUAUGGGGGUAGAUACUGUCAUAAAGUAAGCUGUGAAGGAGGCUGUCAGAAUGGAGGGGAAUGUGUCUCUGUCAAUGGAGUCGUGAAGUGCCUUUGUGCUUCUGGCUGGACAGGAUCAAGAUGCCAAGAAGCAAUUUGUCCUCAAGGUUGUCGGAAUAAUGGAGCUUGUGUGGCUCCUGGGAUUUGUAGCUGUCCAGCUGGAUGGGUCGGUAGAGCAUGUCACUUAGCUGUAUGUAAACUGCCCUGCCAGCAUGGAGGGAAAUGCAUCGCUCCAAAUGUGUGUAGGUGUCGACUGCCAUACUCUGGGCCACAGUGUACAAAGAAAAGGAAGGAAUGAAGCAACUUCAGCCAAGAUAAGCUGCAUUUUUUUUUUCAUGUAGCUAUACAGAGAGGAAAUCUGUAGCAGUGGGGGACCUUAAAAUAAACAUGGUAACUUGAUUUCAGACAGCUUUUUGUCCUCACUAUAUUAAGUACAUGCUUUUCCAUAUAAAAGGAAGGUAUUGCUGAUUGUAGGAAAGUUGUUACAAAUACCCAGCUAUGUGUAGUGUAUCACAUGUUUUCUCUUCUUCUUAUCUUUCAUAAGCAGAAGUAUUAUGCCUUGGUUGAUACAGCUGACCUUGAAAUAAAAUUUUUUUUCAAAUCAA